AUGGAAGUAUCUUUGAGCGAAUGCAUCAAGCAGGCAUCUUCCUCUUAUGCCAAGGCCUCCGCGCAUAAUAUCUUGCGAGGCAGCGAGGACAUUUCAUAUUCUAGUUCGAUGAGUGCAAUUGCUAAGGUUGUGUCAGGGUGGUGCCUUAAAGAUGUACGGAAGUGGGCCGAGGAGCUAAGAGCCAGAGUAUCGAAGCAUUUUAGCCCAUCACGAAAAGUGCUUCCCGAACUGGAGGUGAAGAUAUGGAAGGAAAUCGAGAAAGAGUCUUUAGCUAUUUUCAAGUUUCUUUCCGAACAAACAGGAAAGAAAAUCAGCCCUUUUAAGGAUGAAGAGCUGGUACGCUUAUUGAGAGAUUUGCAAGAGAAAAAAGAUUUGAAUUUUAUUAUUAAAAAUUAA